AUGGCGGAAUCAAUUGCAGCAACUUCCAUCGCUGGGUACAGGCCGUUUGUUUGGGGAUUUUCGGUUAAAGACCCUUCUUCCUCAAGAAAGCAACGUUCCUACAACUGUAGGUUGCCUCUAACGGAGUUUAUGGGCAGGAAGGUCGUCACUUUGGCUCCCUAUUGCCUUAAAUCCGGCCUUAAUAACGUUUCAGUGAACACAUCAAUCAAGGCCCUAGCCACAGAGCUAAGGAAGAACGAGGCCUAUGCAUUCAAAGAAGAUGAGAAGAUCCCACGAAACUGGAACCAUGGUCAGGAUACAGAUGUCGAUAGAAAGCCAGGUCUGUGGCCACCAGAGAAUCGAGCUGACAACCCUUCACUGCACAACCCAUUACUCAGGCAAGAAAGAAUGGGAUGUGGUUGGUUAGGUGCCAUAUUCGAAUGGGAAGGUGUCAUAAUUGAAGAUAAUGCAGAACUCGAGAAGCAGUCCUGGCUUGCUCUAGCUGAGGAGGAAGGCAAAUCCCCUCCACCUGGUUUCUUACUGAAGAGGAUAGAAGGGAUGAAGAACGAGCAGGCAAUGUCUGAAGUCCUCUGUUGGUCAAGAGAUCCCUCAGAGCUCCGGAGAAUGGCAUCCAGGAAAGAAGACAUCUACCAAGGUUUGCAAGGUGGUGGAAUCUACCAGCUCCGAGAUGGGUCGAAAGAGUUUGUGAAUGUGUUGAUGAAUUACAAGAUACCCAUGGCUCUGGUCUCCACCCGUCCUAGGAAGACACUAGAGAGCGCCAUUGGCAAGAUUGGAAUCGAUGGUUAUUUCAGUGUGAUUGUAGCAGCUGAGGAUGUGCACAGAGGGAAGCCUGACCCGGAGAUGUUUAUGUACGCUGCACAGCUGUUGCAGUUCAUACCCGAGAGGUGCAUUGUGUUUGGCAACUCGAAUCAAAGCGUGGAGGCUGCUCAUGAUGUGAGGAUGAAGUGUGUUGCUGUUGCUAGCAAGCACCCAGUUUAUGAGCUUAGUGCUGCUGACAUGGUGGUGAGGAGGCUAGAUGAGCUGUCGAUUGUCGAUCUGAAGAAUCUUGCUGAUAUCGAGUCGCCAGAGUUUGGGUCUCCUGAGCCGGAGAUGGAGUUGGAAGAGGAAGAUGAUCUUCCAUCUAGGGCAGUAGGAGUUGACGACAUGUUCUGGUAG